UACCAUCUAUCUGUUUUGGGCCCAACCAAGCCCAAUUCUAUUCCUAAACCUAUCAUUUUACUUUCCCCUUCUUUCAACUCUCUCAUGAUCUCUCUCUCUCUAUCUUCUCUCUUCUCUCAGCCAAAAAGUCGCCGCCGACGCCGAGUUCUGCCGGGUGAAGAAAGAAAGGCAAAUGUCGGUAACACUGUACUAGAAGACACAAACAACAACUCGUUUAGCGCUUAUUAAGUAGUUCUUUUCAACUCAGUAUUCUACUCACUCACUCACUCAAUCACCCAUGGCGGAUUGCUUUGACUCUCCUCCUUCUCCUUCACCCACUUCUCCCAUGAAUAUCGAUGGCUCCGACCGUGACUCUGCCCUCUCUAACUCUGAAUGGCUCACUCAGCGAGAGGUAAUCGAACGUCGUGCUCGACGAGUCAAGCAACUUGCUCGUCUUUACAGGCACCAUUACUGGGCUUUGAUGGAGGAUCUCAAGUCCAAGCACAGAGAAUACUAUUGGACCUACGGUAAGAGUCCCUUCAAGGAAGACGAGCAUCUCCCUCCUAAUGGUACGGAUGGAAUCGGAGAGAACGGGAAGCUAGGGUUGGCUUCUGCCACCGGAGUUGGGGAUGACAUUAAAAGGUGCCAAGUGGCUGGCUGUAAAAACAGGCCUAUGGCCUUGACGAAGUUCUGCCAUGCCCAUAUACUCUCCGAUCCCCAACAGAAGCUAUACAAGGGUUGCACAUAUGUCAUCAAGAGUAUGCAGUCAGGCCCUCUGCUGUGUUGUAAACCAAUACUGAGAUCCACAGUACCUUCUCUGUGUCCAACUCAUUUUCAGAAGGGUGAAAAGUGUCUCAUACGGGACCUAAGAAAGGCUGGUCUAAAUAUCUCUUCAUUAAAUAACCUUGCCCCGAAACUCCAUGUCGUAGUCGCUGAAUUCGUAUCUCAAAUCCAAUCCAAAAGGAGAGCCUUACGAAAGGCUAGUGUCGCUAAGGUGGAGCCAAAGUAGAGCGGAGCUGACCAAUUUCUUAAGCUCCUUAUGCCCUUUGAUACUCUGCUGAAUACAUAAUUAGUGGGAGGGGGACUCAAUUUUGAUAGGACGAUAGACUUUUGCCCAAGAAAGAAGACAUUUGUGCAUACCUAAGAUAAGAAAGACUCUGGAGACUUCAUUUUCUUCACAACAACCUCGCCCAUGAGCUUUUAUCCUAACAACAAUAAUGUAAAUUGGUUAUUCUACUUUAAAGUCCUGAUGAUUUUAUUGUUGUAAUUAAAUCACAAAAUACUCGAAAUUUCCUCAAUGUUUAUUAUUAUUAUUAUUAUUUAUUAUGUAUGUAACCGUUGUGCAUGAUUGUGUGAAGUUACAAGAUGUAUAAUAGCUUCAUCCAGAUAAUUACCAAGUAUAUUUAGACCA